AUGACUUUAGUGGAAACUAGUGUCAAAUAUUUCAAUCCUCCCGCGGACGGCUCCAAACCGUACUUACGGGCAGCAGCUAAUGUCGCUCCUGUUGGUACUCAUAGGCGGAACUGGGAACCCAUUUCAUAUACUAUCCAGGCCCAGAACAUUCGAGGUCAAGAGGCAUCUUCUGAGCACAAGCUUGACACCACCCCAAUAGAGGAUCAUGCGCCAUUCACUAUCAAAUAUCUGAAUCGAGACGAUGAGGCGCUAGCUUUCAAGUAUAGUUCGGAGCAUAAGUGGAAAUAUUUGGCAGGUAUGACCCCAGAGGAGUUUGUGUUGUUCAAAUGUUUCGAUUCAUUACAGGAUCAGGCCACAGCUGCGUUUGCUCCGCAUACAGCCAUUGAUGAUUCAACUGUCCCUUCAGAUGCACCUGAUCGGCAGUCAAUUGAGAUCUACGCACUUGUAUUUUACGGUUAA